AUGCUGAUAGCCGAUGUUUCCAAAACUUUAGGGGGGCUAGCAGAAGCCAUUCACAAGAAAUCGGCCGAGCUAGAAGCUUUGGAAAAAGAGUAUAAACGGAAACUUGUGCUUCUCAAUCUGUACAUUGGGAAACUUGAAGCUAGGACUGGUUCGCAAGACCAAGAAGCUCCAGAAAAGACAGAAGAAGAAAUUGUUCGUCUCCUAGAAACACAAGUAAGGUGCAAGAAUUGUCUGAAUGUGGUAUACGAUCCGAGCUCAGAAUGCGACUAUGUCCUAAUACCAAAGACUCGUGUGAAUAUUCUACAAGAUGCAAAGUUGGGCCAGGACCUGACAACGGAAACGGUAAAGACCGAGGAAAUCAUCAAGGACAAAGACCCUACAGAGACAGAAGAAAACCAUAAACUACCGGGGUUCCUGUCUGACAACAAACACCGGAAGUCCAAGCUGAAGAAGACCUGUUCGUAUUGCAACAAAGCUGGACAUUCUCGAGCCCGAUGCUUCUCCAGACUCAGCAAGCCCCUCGAGUAG